AUGGAUAAUCGUUGUAAAAAGUUCAAAAAUGUUAUAAGAACAUUUUGUGGAUAUUUUAUAAAAAUCAAAUUUAAAAGCAAGCGAUGCUUCCCAAGGUUUCAUUACCUUUUCGCGGUGUUGUUAUAUAGUGUUAUUUCUGUUAAAGGUAACAGGCCUCCUAGGUUCUUAAUAGACGGACAAACUGAAAUUGUUUUAAGACUGAAAGAAGGUGUGGAUACACCAGUAGGUACUUUAAUUUAUAGAUUAAGAGGAUAUGAUGCGGACGGAGAUCCAUUGAAAUUUGGAGUGCGAUCGUCUCCAGGAAGUGAUGUAAUAAGAGUCGAGAACAGUUCACCCUCGGAAGCGAACGUCUACCUUAACAAAGAACUUGACAGAGAGGAACGAGACGAAUAUGCUUUAGUUUUAACAUUAACUGAUAGCCAUCUGGGUCAUGGCAAUUACAUUACUCAAAGUCUGCUAUUACUAGUCGAAGAUGUCAACGAUAAUACGCCAAUAUUUAAGAAUCACCAGCCAUCUAUUAGCCUGCCGGAAGAUACUGAACCUCGAACAAUUGCAACCCUCGAAGCUACCGAUGCCGAUGAAGGACCUUACGGUCAAGUGGUGUACCACUUGCAAGAGAUGGACCCUGACAAACCACUUUUUUCAGUAAGCACAGUGGGCGAAAAAGCUGUGGUGCGUCUAAUAGGAGCUCUGGAUUAUGAAAGACAAACUGUUCAUCAACUAAAAAUUUUAGCAAUUGACAGAGCCAAAGAAGGUAGAGUAAAUACUGGUACAGCGGCCAUUUUAGUGAAGGUCGAGGAUGUAGAAGAUCAACCUCCAGAAUUUGUCAGAGUCACACCAGUUGCUAGAAUUGAGGAAAACAGUCCAAUUGGUACAUCGGUAUUACAAGUCACAGCAGUAGAUGGUGAUCGAGGAGUAAAUAAUAAAAUACAUUAUUCUCUUACUUCUAACACUUUAGGAAGGAUUUCCGACAUAUUUGAAAUAGAAAAUGAUACUGGAAUUGUUUACACAGCGAGCAUUUUGGACAGAGAACAAUUGCCAAUUAGUUCAGGGACAUACAUUCUUCAGAUAACGGCAACUGAAGUUGGUAGCAGAAUAAAACCACCCCUUACCGCUACCACAGAAGUAACAGUGAUGGUCACUGAUAUUAACGAUGAAACUCCAAAAUUCUUCAGUGACUACUACGAAUGUGAAAUAGCUGAAAAUGCUCCCAUAAACACACCUCUUACGUUUCUAGGAAAUACUCUCCCGGAAGUAUAUGAUAACGAUCAGGGUAUCAAUGGUACUUUCCAAUUAUACGUCAAAGGCGCUGGUGAUACUUUUGACAUAAGUCCAAGCAAAGUUGUAAACGAAGCUAACUUUAUUAUUCGUGUUAAAAACAGUACAAUUUUGGACUAUGAGAGAACGAAAAUGAUAAACCUUACUAUAGUGGCCAAAGAAAUUGUUAAACAUAAUCCAAAAUUCAGUGAGAUACCCGUUACUGUUUACAUAUUAGACCGAAAUGAUAAUUUUCCUGAAUUUACUAAGAGUAUCUACGAGGUUCUUGUACCAGAGAAUUGCGAUGUUGGAACUACUGUAGCUUGGAUUCAAGCUCUUGAUGAUGAUUCUGGAAAUUUCGGUACACGAGGUAUCAGAUAUACAAAUAUAGCAGGAAGUAUUGACUACAUGCUAAACUUGCAUCCUACAUCAGGCAUAAUAACUGUGAAAACUGCUGGUGGACCAAAUUGGGAUCGAGAACAGGUAUCCCGACAUUACCUGACAGUAGAAGCCAGAGACGAUCUUGGACGUGGUAACAGAAAUUCAGUCCAGUUGAUUAUCAAUAUUGAAGACGUUAAUGAUAAUGCUCCGUUGUUUACGCAAAGUAAAUAUGAAGCACGUCUUUUAGAAAACAAAAUGGAUUUUGAGCAUCCUUUGAAAACUGAAGCAAGGGAUGCUGACUUAAACGGUACAAAAAACAGUGAAAUUGAAUACAUCGUUUUUGGAGAGUGGAAGCAAAACUUCACAAUUGAUAGUAUUACGGGAGUAAUAAAACCAAAGCAUCCUAUAGACUUUGAAAGAUUAAACGGUUCAGUAUCUGAAAAUAUUAGAACUUUGUUUUUAACCGUACGAGCAAGAGAUUGGGGAAGACCUAGUCUGUUUAGUGAUGCUCCAUUUUUUGUAUAUGUAGAAGAUGUCAAUGAUCAUUCUCCCAUGUUUGAAGCAGUAUAUUAUAAUAAGUCGAUACCAGAAAUUUUAACAGGAGGAACUUCCAUACUUCAGGUUAAAGCAUAUGACCUAGAUGGAUCGUCACCAAAUAAUCACGUAGUAUAUAGAAUCCAGAAAGGAGCAGCUGAUAAAUUUGUUAUUGGAGCAGAAACUGGUAUCAUAUCUAUUGCCCAUGGAGCAUCCUUAGAUCCAGAUCUUACUCAACCACGAAGAAUGCACUAUUCACUAAAUGUAUUAGCUAUAGACGGAGCUCCAGGAAAUAGCCAGCUUCAAGCAGCUGUAACUGUUAAUAUUACGAUUUUGGAUGUAAAUAACAAAAAUCCAAUAAUUUACGAAAGUGGAAUAGUCACUGUUCAGGAAAAUGCACCUGUAGGAACAGUUAUUACUAAAAUAAACGCAAAAGACUUGGAUACCACAGCUAAGCUCAUUUAUAGAAUUGACCUGAAUGCGUGCUAUGCAAAGAACGAAAGGGGAAUUGUAUUAAAACCCUUGGAUUAUGACUGUGCAAGUACUUUCCAUUUAGACCGGCCUACAGGGAUUUUAUCAAUUGCUAAACGUCUAGAUCGUGAAACCGUAGAAACUUUCCAAGUUGGAAUAAUUGUGGAAGAUAUUAAUUCUGAAACUGGACCUCAAAUCGCAACUUCAACCAUUACUAUUAAUGUAGAGGAUGUCAAUGAUAACAGCCCUAAGUUUAAAGAACCGUUUUAUAAAUUCAGCGUUGCAGAGAAUAGCAAGCACGGUAUUUUAGUGGGUUCCAUAGCUGCUGAUGAUUUGGACAAGAACAAGAGUAUCACUUACAUUUUAGAUGGUACUUUUGAAAUAGCAUCUCUCAUCCAUUUAGAUCCUGAUAACGGUGAUAUUGUAGUUGCUAGUAAAAUCGAUCAUGAAAUUCAUAAAUGGUUAAACCUAACGGUGAGAGCCUUGGAUUCGGGUAAUCCUCCUAGAUCUUCAAGAGUUGAAUUGUUUAUACAAGUCUUGGACGAAAAUGAUAACAAUCCUUAUUUCCUUACUGAGCCCAAAUCCAUUAAGGUACCAGAAGACACUCCGCCAGGGACAGAAGUUGCUAAAUUAGAAGCAUUAGAUUCAGAUUCGGGAGAGUUUGGAAAAAUUACUUACCUUCUCGAUAGAUUAUCAUCGGAAGGCAAGUUUAGUUUGGACGCCGAUACCGGAAUAUUGAAGGUGGCUGACAAAUUGGACAGAGAGGAAAAAGCUAAUUACUUAUUAGUAAUAGAAGCUUGGGAUAAUUAUCAGUACGGAUUUAACAGCGGUGAAAGCAGGAAUGCCUUUAAACAUAUAAAUGUUACAAUUUUGGACGUAAACGACAACGCACCUCUUUUACACGUCCCUUCAUACUGUGUGAAUAUUACAGAAUUUCAUGAAAUUGGUCGAUCAGUUACGACAGUUCAUGCUUCAGAUGUUGAUGAUCCCAACACAUCUAAUGGACAGGUAAUUAUUGAUAUAGCUGAUGGGAAUCAGAAAAACCUCUUUGACCUAGAACAAAUUAAUGAAUGGUCGGCGGAUAUCAAAACAACCACGUCUCUAAGGGGUCGACAUGGUAAUUACACUUUGGUUAUGAGAGCGCAAGAUUUAGGAAUGCCUAGCCAUUUAGUGGAAGAACCAAUACGAAUUUGUGUUACUGAUUACAAUGACCAUCCACCAGUGUUUGUCAGUCCGCCUCAUAAUUCUACUUUGAGAAUUCCAGAGAAUGCAACCGUUGGAAGUGCCCUUAUUCAAAUUUUAGCUACAGAUGAAGACGUUGGUCCCAAUGGGGCAAUACGGUAUAGACUUAAAGCUGAUCCAGCCGGACAUUGGAAAUUUUUUCACCUGCAACCUGUAUCUGGGAUAUUAGAGUUGAGAUUGCCAUUAAACAGAAAGAAGCAAAAAAUAUAUGAUAUACGUAUAGAAGCUUAUGACUUAGGUGUUCCAACACCCUUAAGUUCUGAUUUAGAUUUAACAGUGUACGUCAGUAACAUAAAUGACUAUCAACCACAGUUUUUAUUAGAUGAGUUCACGGUGAAUUUCACAGAAAACGAACUACCAAAUCGUGAGAUUAAAAGACUACCGGACACCAUUGAUAGAGAUGAAUUUGAAUUUGAUGGCCCACCAGUUCCUAUCUGCUAUUAUAUUGUUACCAGACCACUAGAUAGAGAGCAACAAGACACACAUCUGUUACUCGUCAAAGCAUCUGAAGAUUGUUCCAGAAUUCCCAGAAAUGAAAGUUUUUUUGAUUCCAACGAUGACACUCAGUUGAAAGUAGUAGUUAAAGUAAUAGAUGUAAACGAUAAUGCUCCUAAAUUUACUCACAGAAUCUUUACUGGAGGCGUUAGUACAGCCACCAGUUUUGGUACAAAAUUCAUGCAUGUCAGAGCAGAAGACGCGGAUAUAGAGAAAAAUGCUGUUAUAUCGUAUUAUUUAAUUGGAAGGAUACAAAUGACGUUAACGGAAGGCUUGGAAAAUCUACAAAGAUUGCCAUUUUUAGUGGAAAAAGAGACGGGCGCCGUACAGCUGAACUUUGAUCCCCAGCAAGGAAUGAAAGGAUAUUUUGAUUUUAUGGUCUUAGCUAAUGAUACUGGAGGUUUACAAGACAUGGCAAGGGUUUUUAUAUAUCUUCUUCGAGAAGACCAAAGAGUCCGUUUUGUAUUGCGACAGCAUCCUCCAGAAUUGAGAAGUCGCAUAGAGGCAUUCAGAGAGGUUCUAGGUAACGUUACUGGAGCAAUCGUUAAUAUUGACGAGUUUCGUGUUCAUGCCAAUCAUGAUGGCACAGUGGAUAAAACAAGAACGGAUUUGUACUUACACUUGGUAAACCGAAAUGAUAAUUCUAUUUUGGAAGUGGAUGAAGUUUUGCGGUUGGUGGAUCAAAAUACUGAAAAACUAGACGAUCUAUUUAAGGAAUUCAACGUUUUGGAUACGCAACCUGGAGGAACACUUGCGCUCAAAUCACAGAUGCAAAACGUCAGUGCUACAUUUUGGCUUACAGCUUCCUGCCUUUUCCUACUUUUACUUCUGUUUCUGUGCUUAGCUCUGUGUAUAAACCAAAGACAAACAUACCAUAGAAAACUGAAAGCUGCUACCGCGACAGCCUAUGUGAGUGCAGAUUCAGAAAUUGAUGGCAGAGGGGUCAGUAUGAUAAGCGGCAGAGUACCCAACACGAAUAAACACAGCAUGGAAGGAAGCAAUCCAAUCUGGUUGAGGGCGUAUGAAAAUGAAUGGUACAAAAAUGCUGACGAAUUCAGUCAAACAUCAGAUCAUGAUUCACUAGACGAAAAUGUUGUUGGUUGUGAAGAUUCGACAAAUUCUGUCCAGCAAAUGCAACAGAAUUCUCACAGUUCCAGAAAUCAAAACGUAUACCAGACGUUGCCUGUACCACCCAACAGGAAACUAGAAACAACGGAAUUAUGAUUAAAAGUUAGAAUCAACACCUUUUUUACAAUUAGCAGAAUUUCUCCUCUGCCGAAUUUAUCUGAAGAAGAAUCGGAAGUAAGAAAAUAAUUUCCAUUGCAACGAUUAUCUUUAUUAUGAAAGCUAGUAACAAAAAUAUCGAAAAUAUUUACUGCUGGUAUAGAUAUCUU